AUGGGACAAACUUGUGACAAACUUUAAUCUCAAUAAAAGGAUAUUGAAGAUAUGAAAGAAGCCAUUAAAUAGCUUAAGGAAUUAAUGGAUCAAACUAGAGGAGUUUAGGAUACUUUGAAGCAAAGUUUAGAAUAAAUUACUACUACCACAACUGAUGUAGUUAACAAAUAUUAGUCUAUUGUUUCUAAAGUUGAUACAUUUGAAUAAACUAUAAAAGAUUUGGAAGUAAAAAUGCAAAAAACAGUAGAACAAGCAGUCAAAUCAGGUGCUUCAAGUGCAAUGAAGAACUUCUUCUGA